AUGUGUGAGAAAGACGAUAUUAUUGUGAAUGAGGAAAUACUACAAAAGGCAAAAGAGUAUCAGGUGGAGAAUGAGAAGGAAAUGGAAAUGAAGAAAUUAAAACCAAUGACUGAAGGGUUAUUAAAACCACAGGUAGAUUUGUUACAUAUAGGUGAGAGAGGUAGUCGAGGAAGAGUAAAAAUAUGUAAUGUAUUAAAUGUUCCAAGAAGCGAAAAAGAAUAUAAUAAUAAUGCUAAAGUAGAAAAUAAUUAUAUUGGCAAAAUAAUUACAGUAUGUGGUUGGAGUAAAGCUAUACGUAAACAAGGAGGUGGAAGAUUUUGUUUUGUGAAUUUAAAUGAUGGAUCAUGUCAUUUAAAUUUACAGAUUGUUGUAAAUCAGUGUAUAGAAAAUUAUGAGAAAUUAUUAAAAUGUGGAGCAGGUUGUUGUUUUCGUUUUACAGGUGAAUUAAUUAUAUCACCUGUUCAGAAUGAUAAUAAUAAAAAGGGUUUAUUAAAAGAAAAUGUAGAAUUAGCAUUAAAUAAUAAUGAUAUUCAUAAUUUUGAAAUAUAUGGUGAAAAUUUAGAUCCUCAAAAAUAUCCUUUAUCUAAAAAAAAUCACGGGAAAGAAUUUCUUAGAGAAGUAGCACAUCUAAGACCUAGAAGUUAUUUUAUUAGUUCAGUAAUUAGAAUUAGAAACUCUUUGUCUAUUGCUACACAUUUAUUUUUUCAAAGUAGAGGAUUCUUAUAUAUUCAUACACCACUUAUAACUACUUCAGAUUGUGAAGGAGGAGGAGAAAUGUUUACAGUCACUACUCUUUUAAAUGAAAGUGGUGAUAUUCGUACAAUACCAAAGGUUAAUCUCAAAAAUAAGAAAAAGGAAAAACGUGAAGAUACUCUUAAUGAUAAAAAUGCAAAAAAGGAUAAUGUAAAUGAUACUACAAAUAAUAAUACAUGUAAUAAUAGCAACAACAAUAAUAAUAAUAAUAAUAAAAUUUCAUCUCAACAACAUGAAGAGAGUUAUCUUAUUGAUUAUAAAAAAGAUUUUUUUAGUAAACAAGCUUUUUUAACAGUAAGUGGACAAUUGUCAUUAGAAAAUUUAUGUUCAUCUAUGGGAGAUGUAUAUACCUUUGGACCCACAUUCAGAGCUGAAAAUUCUCAUACAUCUAGACAUCUAGCUGAAUUUUGGAUGAUAGAACCCGAAAUCGCUUUUGCAGAUUUAUUCGAUAAUAUGGAAUUAGCUGAAGCUUAUAUAAAAUAUUGUAUCGAUUAUGUACUAAAUAAUAAUUUUCAUGAUAUAUAUUAUUUUGAAGAAAAUGUAGAACCCAAUUUAAUCAAUAGAUUAAAAAAUAUAUUAAAUGAAGAUUUUGCCAAAAUUACUUAUACUAAUGCUAUAGAUAUUUUAAAAAAUUAUUCAGAUUCAUUCGAAGUUAAAGUUGAAUGGGGAAUGGAUUUACAAUCAGAACAUGAAAGAUUUAUAGCUGAAAAAAUAUUUAAAAAACCUGUUAUUGUAUAUAAUUAUCCAAAAGAUCUAAAAGCAUUCUAUAUGAAAUUAAAUGAUGAUAAUAAAACAGUUGCUGCUAUGGAUGUUCUUGUACCUAAAAUUGGGGAAGUCAUUGGUGGAUCGCAAAGAGAAGAUAAUUUAGAACGAUUAGAUAAAAUGAUAAAAGAAAAAAAUCUAAAUAUAGAUAGUUAUUGGUGGUAUCGACAACUAAGACAAUAUGGAUCACAUCCACAUGCAGGAUUUGGUUUAGGUUUUGAAAGAUUAAUUAUGUUAGUAACAGGAGUUGAUAAUAUAAAGGAUACCAUACCAUUCCCUAGAUAUCCUGGUCAUGCAGAAUUUUAA